UAGUUGCACGGCCACCUCGCGUGUGUUUGCGCGAUCGCGAUUCUCCUCCUCGGGAUGAAAAGAUCACGGCGCCGCGAUAACCCUGCGGACCGAAACGAUCGUGAGGUCGUCGCUCGGUAUCGAUGAUCCAACGGAGGAGAAGCCGUCCAACGAUCGCGCGAUCAAUCCUCGUGGACGAAGUCACUUUCGACGGAGCGUCGGUUGCGCUAAUAUACGAUCGGCGCGAAGUGGCGAAGUGUCAAUUUUGCUAGGAGAGAAGUGAAGUGGACACGAUGGGAAAAACGGUGAACGUUGCGAAUCGCGAAGAGAAUAUCGAGCAGUCGGUCUCUUGAAUUCUCGCUUGAAUGAUACGAAAGAUUUGUCAACGAAAUUGCGGAACAAAGGAUUUCUUUUCGCACACGCUGAAGGGAUUUCGCUGAAACGUUUCAUAGAAACGCAAGCACAAUCGUAUAUUUCACAUACAGAUUGCAUCGUACUCGCAGAAUAAACAGACUUCUGCGACAGGCCUGUUACUUUUCUGAAAGAGUGGAAGACACUGUAUCGAUAUUAAUCGUCGACAUCAAUCGCUCGAUAUCGAUAUGGCCGCGCGGAGAUACACCUUCCGUCCCGAAGAGUACCAGGAAUCAUUGAACGAUUAGUAUACUUCAAGUCGAGGAAAAGCCAACUCGAGGAAAAGCCAACUCUGGCCUGAUUUUAUCAGGCACGCUUCUCGCACGAAUAGCGAACAGUCUCGCGUUAAACUGAACGACCAACAUAUUGUAAGAAUAUCGCUCGCGGAUCUCGCGUGAUUUCCGACGGUAAUCGACAGUUCUUCCCGAAAAGUUUCGCGCUCUUUCGAAAGUGACUCCCCGUUCCCGCCGACUUUCGAUAGCGGAUCCGUUUCUCCGUUCGGAAGAAGGGAAGAAAGGGAGAAAGAGGAAGGAAGAUUCGCGUGUAAAUUUCGCGGGGAGAGAAAGGCGAGGCUCGAACGAGGCUAUAUACGCUAUUAAUCGUCCCCAAGAAUGAUGGACACGGCUAAAUAGCAUGUCCAUGGUAAAGCGACGUUCCGAGAACGCGAAUCCCAAAGGCAUUAUCGGCAAGAUAAUCGCUCGACCCAAGGUUACCCGCAAGUGGAACAACCAUUAGAGACGUCAUCGUACUAUCUUGCUAUUUUCGGAAUCGCUGCCCUCUGAAAUUUAUGACUGGUCUGGCAUUAAAAUUCGCGUAAGUUGAAACUGCCAUCUGAGGAAGGACUUAAAGAAGAAGAAGAAGAAGAAGAAAAAGAAGCGGGUGUUAGGAUCAAGGAAAAGACUGAUUGCAAAGUGUCACGCGAUGGGCCGAAGACAAAGGCGUCGUAUGGUACCGAAACAGGAUCGCAGAAUUUGCGCGUGCAUAUUCCUCUGCCAGUUCACCCUUGUCAUCAGUUCAGUGGCCUUGAUUUACCUCAGCGUGGCGAUCUACACUCCAUCGCACAGAGCUUUCCACGCCGGCAUCGAACCAGAACCGGUGAUGUGCCAAACAGUUAACUCUUCUAUGGUGAACAAUUGCGGGUGGACAAGUUGCGGCGAGUGGUGCUUAACCAAGACCAGUGGUUUGUGUAACCAGAUUCACGCGACUGUCAGACGUAACGGUACCGACGUAGUUUUCGAAAAUUGCACCAGGUUCAACACGAUCGCGUGUCCUCAGGUGAACAUGGGGAGCAUGAAGAAGUACAACUGCAACAACGGCAGUGAGUGCAGCAUGUUGUCGGGCGUGUUCAACUGCAGCAAAGGCCAUUGCGCCAACAUGAGCGAGCUGAUGCUCUGCCACCACAAGGCCGACGGUAUCAUCGUUGACAGCGAGAAGGAUAAUAUGAAACUGAACGGCUAUUUCAGCUGUCAGAAUUCUCGAUGCACGAAAAUCAAGAGCGCCUUCACCUGCGAUCGAUACUGCCCGAAUAUCACCACCAACGAGAUCAACGUGUACCUCAUGCAGGACGACAACGUCAUCUCCGCCAGGUGCUCCCGCGGGAUGGCCUGGAACAGAGCGAACGGCAGCUUGCCCGGUACAAGGCUUGACGAGCCCGUCAAGAUCUGGGAGGGUCAGAACAGCAGCAUCAUCGCAAGCUGUUACACCGUCACGAAGGAUGACGACGUCAUCAGCACAGAGGAUUGCGUGAAUGGCAGCUUGGUGAACGAUAUCCCGAUUCCGCAACCUUUCAUCAACUUCACGAGCUUCCUGAAAAUCUACGAGAGGAGUCUGCAGUAUCCGCUGGACCCUACGAACGCGUUCGUCCCUGCACAGCAGUCGUUGACGAUCUACAACAGCUCGCGACUCUAUAUUAAUCUCGAGCGCUGCGUUAACACCUUGAGAGGCGAGUGCAAGCAAUUUCAGCUCACCCACGGGCGCGAUGGUGACAAUCAGACCGCGCAGAGCAGGUAUCCGUGCUAUUAUAACAAGAACAAUUCAUUCUUCGUGGUGGCGCGCUUCGACCUGAAAAAGACGAAGACGGAGCUGCUGAUCGCGGUGAUCGUACCAUCCGCGCUCUUCCUCAUCAGCUUGGUCAGCCUAAUCAUCAUUAGUCAAUCAGUGCGAGUGGGAGACGACACGAGGAUGCGAUGCAGGUAUUGCGACGGCAAGCAGGAGGUCGAGGGUGAAGACGAGGGACUCGUGGAGGCGACGUCGUCCGCCACUCAGAGUCAAACCAACGAGAACGAGAUACGAAGUAUGGCCCUUUAGCAGUAUAAACCGCUCGGGAUAGGCGCCGCACUCGGUUACGAGAGAUUGCCAUUGAUUGACAUGGACGACGCCGAGGAUUCUUUCUAGGAAGAGACGAUCUCUGGGUUAUCGGAGUGUCGUCGACGUAUGGACACGCAUGGUGUACUUCAUCCAUCGCGAUUGACCCGCAUUUCCGGACGAACGGUUCGGAAAAUCACCCCGAGGAAACGAGACGAACACUCCCCACCAGUGGCACCCGUCCGAGUAGCGCGUAUCGGUGAAGUCGAGUUCGCAGACGGACUUGAACGUCGUCUUCCGGGAUGAAGUGUACUUGUAACUCUUCUCUUCUCGCUUAUAAUACACCCCGUCGUCGUGAGGUGCAACGAUACUACGAGAACACCGCGCACGCGACGAGAUUGAAUUCAUCGAGUAGUGAUCUCUGCCAGUGAAACUCUCAUCGAAAGUCGAACCCGUUUAGGGUCCAAGUUAGUUGCGAGUCUUUCUAUCGUGUACACCAAACUUUAUGAAUGCAAUCCUACUCUUAGUUAUUCUAACAUUCAUGACGGCACUUCAAAUUUUCGGUCAGGCGCAAUCAUAUAUAAAAUGUUCAUGUUGUAACUGUUGGGUAUUCUAGGAAUUGCUGAUGUCUCGAAUAAUCAACAAUAACGAUGCAAGUUGUUUAAAAAGUAUGUGGUCUAAUACAGAGAUAACGCGAAUUUAGCCAAAUCUCUAUCGUAUGUCAGGGUCAUCUUUUAUUAGAUUAAAUACGAUAGUGUAGAGCGAUCUAUCGAUUAGACUUUGUUUGACAGUGCAUCCAAGUGAACUUUGCGAGCGAUGGGUUUUGCAUUAGAUCACAUCGACAAAGACUGAACCAAACAGUUUCAUUGUUUCUUGCAACUUUUGGCAUAAUUUCACUGCAAUUAGAAAGAUUUUUAGCACUUAUGACUAUCGAUAAAACCUGUCUAACAUUCCAAAACAAAGGAACAAUUAAAACAAUGAACGCACAGAGAUACUCGAGGCGCUCAUUUGUCAAACAAAGACUAAUCGAUAGGUCACUCUAUACUAACUCUAUACUUAAUCUAAUAAAGAAUGACUCUGAAAUACGGUAAUAAGGAUUUAGCCAAAUUCGCGCUAUCUCUAUAUUAGAUCAUGUGCUUUUUAAACGAACCAUGUAAAUCACUUUAUAUAGUAAUUCAGUUAGUGACGAUUGUGUCACAAUUAUUUAAUUAUUUGUAUUAUAGUUUUAUGAUUUUUUUACUGAGAAUUAAAGGAACAAUUCAGAAAUGCUAAAUUUCCUUAUAAAAAGUUCUUUAGUAAUCUCUAGAGUGGUAUGGGAGUUCACCAUUAGCUAUUUUAACAUCUUUAAUCCUCCAUUGCCCUUGUAUGAGAUAAACGCUUAAUUGAAAUUUUAUUUCCUAAUUAUAUAGGUUUUGUUUUAAUAGUUGGCUUUGAAACUUUCUCACUUUUCAUUUACAACCUCUUAGAUUAUAUGAUUAGAUUGUAUGAUCGUUUUCUUAAUUUCGUUAGCAUUUUAUUAAUAGAUAUUAACUUUCCAUUGCUUUCGUGUAUGAGCGUUCAGUUAAAAUAUUAUUUUCUAAUUAUAUAAAAGUAGCUACAUAGAGAGAGUUGACUUUGAAACUUUCUCACUUUUCAUUUACAAUCUUUUAGAUUAUAUUUGUAUGGUUGUUUUCUGGUUUGUUAAUAUAACUUUUAUUGAUAGACUCUAGAAGUGUCAGCGCGCGCUCAUAGCGAGAGUAAAAUGAGGUUAAUGUGACUCGUGCUGUUACCAAAUUUAAGCUUUACUCUGAUGGAUCGAUAAUAAAUCAAUAUUUUAACACAUCUAUUCGUUUUUAUGAAGCUGUAUUAAUGUAAUUAUAAUUAAAUUUUCACUUAAAUUUAAUUAAUAACAGGCAUGGCACUUUACUCAUGCAAGAGUAUUAACGUUCAUCAGCCGAACGAGGACAGUGGAAGAUUAAAACUGCGCAAUGUAUGCAGUUAUACAUCUGAUGAAAUUUAAGAUUCUGUGAAUAAGCAAAUCGACUAUCUUUUGUCACUUUUAUAUCAUAUCGAUUUCGCUAUAUUAGAUUUAGCAUUUCUGAAAUGUCUCAUUUUGAAGUGUUUCUUUAAUUUUCAGUGAAAAACAAUUAUACAACUGAACUAUAAUACAAGUAAUUAAAUAAUUAGAACAAAAUCGUUAAUAAUCAUCGUAUUUAGUGGCCCAAAAACGUAAGAUUACAUGUACAACUUACGUUAUACUUUUUAGGCAGAAAUCUGUCCAUUUUACUCAUCGUUCUUGCAAAUGUCACUAUGCUAAGUAAUGGGAUUGUGUUUACGAAAUUCGGUAUACCAGCCGAAUAUGAGAAUCGAUAUUUCUAAACCGAUAUUCUCACUGUUGCCUUUGAUGUAUCGCUACCACGUUUGUUUGCGCGUGAGAACGAAUGAAUGAUCGAUCACACCGGUAUCAAUCGUUAAUGCGGCACAGCGUUAAGAAAUUUUGCCUCCAGAUUAACGUUAAGGGAACUUUCGAUAGGAUGUAUACGUUAACGAAGUAUGUAAUAGCUCGAUUAAUGCCGCCGUGUUCUAAUGAAAAUAGCGUUUACACACCGGAUAACGAUCAAGUGGCGGCAAACAAUUGUUCUCGUCCAAUAUACGCGUGCAUCGCAUACGUACGAGAGAUCUUUCAUCGACGAAAAUAGAGCGAUAUAAUAGAGAUAUAAACGGACAGAUGAGUGCCGAAGGAUCCGUUACGAAAUAUUUCGUGAAGUUUUUUCUACGAUAGUAUCCGCGCGAAACAUACAAACACACGAGAAGAAGAGAGAAAAACGAUGGACAUGCAUAAUCUCGAGAAAAAGUAUCGAAAUUCUAACACUCACAUUAAUAGUCGUUACUUCAUUAAUUCACAUCUCAUUAUAGUCUCUUAAUAGUCAUCUUCUCAAGUUGAAUUUGUAGACCCAUAGUAGUCAUUACUUGAAACUUACUUCAUGUGAGAUACUUAUAUUUGAAUUUAGAGUUAGAGAUAAAUUUUUCAGUUGAAUCACAAUUACAAAUGUGAUGUCGCAUAUAUUAUAUAAUUCGAAUAAAAAUCUUAUACUAAUUCUAAAUUUAGAUCUAUUUCACAUGAAAGAAAAAACAAAUUUCAAGCAAUGUCUUUUAAUAUGAGCCUUACACCAGUAUUCAAAGAUGUAGCUUGAGAAAUAAGCACUCCUUAUUGGCUAAAUUGCAUAGACUUUCCUUAACCAAACAAAUAGCUUGGAUAUCUUAUCUUAAAAGAAGUCGCGAGUUUCCUUGAGGCGGCGAUAGCAACCUUAUUAGUUGAAAAUGUGAUAAUAUAAGUGUCUUAAUCUUGUACGUGCUGUAGAGUACUGCUACUGACUAUUGCAUUGUACUGUGUAAUGAAGAUGGAUAACAAAGGAGAACGAAUAAAUAAAGGAUUCCAACGAUGGAUUUGAAAGUGAAAAGCGAAAAAUAAUAUUCGAUGGCGUUUACCAAAAAGAUAAAUUGAGUUUUACAAAAAUGAACUUUUUAGAAAACAAUAGGUUUAAUAAAGAAUGAGAUUGGUAUUCUAUUACCGUUGGUAAAUGAACAAUUACAGUAAAAUGAUAAUCGUGGACUACCAAUUUCUCCAUUAAUGUAAGCAUUUCUCCAUUUCCAAACUUCAGUCUUAUUUCUCAAAUCUAUUGCUCCUAUUCCUUUAUUUUCUAUAGUUUUUUCUUCUGAUAUUAAUUGUAUAAAAAGUAUCCACUCCAUUUCUGUUUAAUGAUUGCUUUUAGAUUCACAGUCUAUAAUUGUACGUGUAUAUCAACAAUUACACUUGUAUAGUUUUGUUAAAAAAAUGUUAUGAAAGACAAUGAAAGGUCAAAUUCAGUUGAAAUAAAAAAUUAGGUUAUACAUAUUAUAAAAUUAGGUUAUAAAAUUAGGUUAUACAUAUUCGCACAAACUUUACUGCACAAUGGCAUAAUUCAAGUUUUUCGUAAAUUACUAAAAGUUCACAAGCUCCUACUAGAAGGAAACCUUAAGAUCUUAUUAUGAAAUGUCUUGAUAAAAUAAAGUAUCUUCAUUGGAGACUUCCUCAGUCCUUAAGAUAAGAAUCAUCUAUGGAUACUGGUAUUAGAGAUAAAUGAAAUCUUUUCAGUUGAAUCGUGAUUACAGAGACACAUUAAUAUCGCAUAUAUCAUAUAAUUCAACUGAACAGUUUGAAUAUAAUUCUGAAUAUGAAAAUCUGAGUAUCUCACAUAAGACACAUUUCAACGACGUCCCAAAAACUGAGUACAGAGUACAAUUGUCAACAACUUGUUGUACAAUUUUGCGGGGCAGCUUCAUGCUUUCAAUGUUUCGAGAGAACUCUCCCUCACAGUUCUCGGGAUUGUAACUUUUCACAAUGACGCGUUGACCCACUUCUCAAAUUAUGGGAUUAAACAUGUCCACCGUAAAAAACGGACAAGUUUUCUUCGAUGUACAAAGUAGAUAGUAGAAGGACUCAGCGUUCUCGUACAAUAUUCGAUCAGCAACGAACAUAUGUUUAUAUUUUUUCUACAUCCAUCCACACGUACCGCGCUCCAACGCGACACUAUUGGGUACGCGAACGAUAUUGCAAUCAAUUUACGAGCGUGCGCGCAUUUCUGAUAUAUCGCCUGGUAGGAACAUCCCUGACGUGAUCUCCCAUUUCUGAUACGCGUACUCGAGCGCUACGACUGCCUAUACGUAAAUUACUUGUACAGUACGUUGUAUACCGCGUAUUGCGAUAUGUAAGAAUAAAUAUGUACAACACGCUUUCCCAGUGAAACAUUUACAUCCGCGGUACAAUCGAUAGCGCCUCGAUUCUCGUGCUAGUUUUCGCGUUGAUGUGUGUAUCCGAUCAAAAACAUGAUCUUGUCAUACGAUAAGCACUCGAGGCGACAAAAUCAACGAGCGCGCACUGUUGCGUUAAUUAUAAAUGCAGAUUUCGACGAUGAGUCAUUGGAGAGGCGCGAUUCCGCGAAAUUGUUCCCGGCUUUGCGUUAUUUGUUGCAACACGCAUUUCUAUCUCCGAUAUUUUACUGAAAGUAAAAUGAGUAACUCUUUCGGAAUAAAUAAUUAAUAAAUUACGGUUCGAUCGUGAUUUGAUUUACAUGCAAAACAUGAGAUAUUCAUAUUCUUCUAGAAAGAAAAGGAUUUAUUUAUUGACUGUGGAGAGAAACGCAUACAUAUAUAUUUUUUGUAUAAUAUUUAGCCGAGGUUACUAAAAGGACUUUAAUGCGUAUAAGUACUCACGCAUUCAACACAAGGCUAUUAAUAGACUUUGAUUAGGCAAUAAGUAAAUAUAAUAUCACGCGCAAGCAAACACACGUACACGCAAGCCGACUAGCUAGAAAUAAACGGGAAACAAGGAACAAAGACUUUUCUAACAUCACUGUGCUCUAUGUGCCUUCUUCCGCUUUCGAUGGAGCCAAUAAGGUGUAACUACGAGUAUAAAUACUUACGAGUGCUAUAAUCAGAGGUAAGUUCGCAAGGUAUCUCUUUCACUCUUAGAAACGAUCGCUGUAGUUAUCUGUCAUCGAUAAAAAUAUAGCGACUUUCCGACACGGACGUGCCGAAAUCCAUGCUCGAUCUCACGUGUGUUUACGUUUUGUACGUGAGAAAAUCGCGACACGAGAGAAGCCCAAUCGAUACCAAGUAUUUAUAUAAAUAUCACACACAUUUGUACACUGAGAGAAAAAAAUGAUUGGUCUAACUAAAAUUAUAGUUCUUUUUUAUCCCAAUCAUAUUUUUUGUAGCAAAAUAGUAAUAUCGUAAUAUGCGUAUAAGGUUAUUACCAUAAACAUUAUAGUAGAAUUCAAUAAGAAAUUAGUUUUCUUGACCAUAAUUUAUAGUAAUUGUUCCUCUGUGUAAUUAUAUAUACUUAUAAAUAUCAAACAUUUUGUCUCAGUGUACAACUCAUGAAACUUAUUUAUUUGGAAUUGAUGAAGCGACUAGAUGUGUGUGUGCAACUGAAGUAAUCAACGAAAGUAUUCCCAAACCAAUUGUUAACGAAGACAAUGAUUACGAGGGAACAAUGUAGUGAUCAGUUGUCAGUCGAACGAAUAUACAAACACGUGACGAGAGAUUGUAUAUGUGAUCGAUUAAAUGCUUACUUUUAGCAAAAGCGAGAGUGGGAAAAGGGAGAAUUAAAAUUCUCUUUAUGUCUGUGAAAUUACGGCGAACAAUGUAGAAUACACAUAAAUUCCGUGGUAUGACUUUAUGUCGAACAUAUUUGUAACGCGAUAUGCAUGUGUGUGUAUAUGCGAAUUGUAUAACAUUAUCUCUCUCUUUUUUUUUAAUAAAA